AUGACUCAACUUGCAGGCAAGGACGUCGGCCCUAUUGGGCUAGGCCUCAUGGGCUUUACCUGGCGAGCUAAGCCGUGCUCCCAGGAGCAGGCAUUCGAGGCUAUGCAUACCGCACUCCAGCAUGGAAACAACCUUUGGAAUGGUGCAGAAUUUUACGGGACGCCCGAGUACAACAGUCUUGUACUUGUUGAGCAAUACCUAAACAUGUACCCAGAAGAUGCGAACAAGAUUGUCCUUAUUGUCAAAGGCGGUACAGACAUUGCUACCCAUGGAUUUGUUGUUGAUGGUUCACCAGAAAAUACACGCCGGUCAAUUAAUGCCAGUCUUGCUCAACUUAAAGGUUGUAAGAAACUGGAUAUUUUUGCUUACGGCCGCCGAGAUCCAAACAUACCUAUGUCUAUGACCUUUGGCGUUAUUAAUAAAGAGUAUGUCCAGACCGGCAAAAUUGGUGGUAUUUCUCUAUCUGAAGUACGUGCAGAAACAAUUCACGAAGCUGUCAAGCAUACCAAGGUUCUCGCCGUUGAAGCCGAGCUAUCCCUCUUCUCCACAGAUAUCCUGGAGAAUGGUGUUGCCGCGGCGUGCGCACAAUACGGUAUCCCAAUCAUUGCAUACUCGCCUAUUGGCAGAGGAAUGUUAACGGGCCAGAUUAAAAAGAUUGAGGAUAUCCCGGAAGACUCCGUCCUACGACACUUUCCGCGCUUCCAGCCGGGGAACUUUGAAAUCAACCUACAGCUUGUACAACAGGUUGAGAAGAUGGCUCAGAAGAAGGGCUGUACCCCAGCUCAGCUCGCUAUUAAUUGGACGAGGAUGAUUGCAAAGCGUCCAGACAUGCCUACUAUUAUCCCUACUCCGGGUGCCACAACAGCAGAGCGUACUAAAGAAAAUGCUACGUUGAUUGAUCUUACAGAUGAAGAAAUGGCUGAGAUUGAUGCUACUUUGGCUCGGUUUACCACUGCCGGUGAUCGCUAUCCCUCUAUCUUCGCAUCUAAUACUUAA